CUCUCUGUGUGAGUGUGUGUGAAUGUGUGUGAGCUCCUCUGUCAGUUCAUCUCUUGUACUCUUUGUGUUUCCCUCUGUGUGUGUGUGUGGGUUGUGAGGGCGUACCAUGCCAACGGACUGCUCUAACAUAGCUAGCCCCAGUCUCGACUCGUGACCUUUGAGCCCUGACGCCCUGUUUGCCUGAGAGCUUACUGCAGCCAGAGUCAGCGGGAUGGACGAGGAGGAGGCCAGGUCCUUUCUGAGGAGGUUUACGGAUGAGUUCCCGGCUCCUCUGGAGGAAGGCAGUCCGUUGCCCGUCAGCCCUCUGAGCCGCAAAGUCUGCCUGGAGGAGCUGCAUGGAGAGAGCCUGGAGCUGGGCCUGAGGCUGCUGGCUACCAGGGGUGCUCCUUCAGUCCUCAGUGCCCUCCUGUGCCAGGCAGCGCUGUCCCAGCUACUGCAGAAUGACCUUUCACCUUUCCACUGCCCACAGGAAGCUGAGGCAACACAAGAAGAAGAACAGAGUGUAGUCUUACUGCAGUCAGAGCCAGUCCAGCGCCUCUUCCUCAAUAAGCUGAUAGAUGUAUCGCUCGCAUGGCAUCAGAACUUCAAGCCUCCCCCCUCCCCUUCCCGGAUCCGCCAGUGCUCCGUUCAUGCCAUCAAGAACACGAGGAGGAAGAUGGAGGACAAACACUUGGUUCUAGCUGAGUUCAACCAGCUCUUUGGAAUCCAGGACGGCGUGGAACGCGCGUACUACGCUGUGUUCGACGGCCAUGGAGGGGUAGACGCUGCCACCUACGCUGCCACUCACCUCCACGUCGCUCUGAGUAAACAGGAAACGCUGCAGAGCGACGCAGCCACAGCCUUUAAAACCGCCUUCAAACACACUGAUGACAUGUUCAGAGACAAAGCCAAGAGAGAGCGUCUGCGGAGCGGCUCUACGGGUGUGGUGGCGCUGAUCCAGGAUCAGGAGCUGACUGUGGCCUGGCUGGGAGACUCUCAAGCAGUGCUGGUCAGACAGGGACAAGCUGUAACCCUCAUGGACCCCCAUAAACCAGAGAGAGAAGAUGAGAAACAGAGGAUUGAGGAUCUUGGUGGCUGCAUCACCUUCAUGGGCUGCUGGCGUGUUAAUGGGACCUAUGCUGUAUCCAGAGCUAUAGGCGACUUUGACCAGAAGCCCUACGUGUCCGGAGAUGCCGACUGCACAACAACCCAGCUGUGUGGAGACGAGGACUACGUGUUACUGGCGUGUGACGGCUUCUUUGAUGCAGUCAAACCUUCGAUGGUCCCACACCUGGUCUUGGAAGCCCUCCAGCAUUCUGGUGACCCUGAAGAAGGAGGAGACACUCCACUGAAACAGCCUGAGGAGAUGACUGGACUGAGAGUCGCUCAACAGCUGGUGAGUCAUGCUAAGGCCGCGGGUUCUAGCGAUAACAUAACAGUGAUGCUGGUGUUCCUGCGUCCACCGGAGCAGCUGUUAUCUCAAGACGCCGCGACAGGAACCGCACAAGCUACUGAGGACUCCUCUUCCCAAGAUGCACCACAGCAGUGAGGGAGAAGAAGACGUCUGCUGCCCAGGCACCACUUUGCCAAGCUGCUGCCUGGCUCAGUAUAUCUGAGCCUGCAGUCUGCCAAAGUUCAUCUGAUGCUAACAAAACACAUGAACACAGCAGAAUGUCACUGCUUUGGAGUAAAAGAUUCAAGUGUGUUUAGACCAGGUCACUUGAAGAGGUCUGAUGGAUGAUGCAGGGCCACAUUACCCUGUUAGUGGGGCAGCAGCUACUGUUCCCCCAGCCCAGUAAACAGCCAGCAGGCCUACAGUGGGAUUCUACCUGUCCCAGGUUUGCUGUGUUGGUUUGUGAUCAUUCGAUUAAAUGUUGUGUAACAAUAUGCUUAGUGUGAGCAUCAUAUCAAUUGUACGUGUGUGUGUGUGUGUCUUGUUAAGGAUAUGAUGUCCUGGUGUCAACCUCAGUAUUGUCUAAUAUGGUAUUGACUGUAAUAAGGGCUCUGUGUGUUUGUAAUUAACACAAACAUUUCAUCUAUGUUUCUGUUCCCGUUUGACUCUGAUGGGAAAACGUGACCUUUUAUUGACACAGAUGUUUGAUUAUAACAUGAAAGUCUGAAUGGUGGCGAAGCAAAGAAAGGCCAUAAUGAUUUGAACUUUAUAAACAACUAAACACUGAAUUGUGAGAUUUAAUGAAAAUUCACAAUGAAGUUAUAGCACUGAAAUAUUUUACUUUGAAAACCGUCUCUGAAUAUGUGUGGUUUGAAUUCUGCUCUCUGAAAUUUGAAGUUUUCAAGUUUUUUUCCAGCUCAACAAAUUCAGACAGAAAGAUCAAGUGUCCCGAGUUUUCAGUCGCUCAGUGGAACUUUUCUUUCUUCGGUCAUGUGAAAGACAAAGCGACAUGUGCAGUCUGCAGUGACCACGGUGGCAGAUUUACCAUCAAGAUUACUGGAAUUUAUUUAUUUUUCAAUUUUUAAUCCAUUUCAUACACUUUGCUCUGAAAACACACCCUCCUCCAAACACACUGCUUCAACAUGAGGAGUAAUCCAAAGCUCGACAGGCCUGCAGUGUGGAUGUGGUUGCUGAGCUAUGAUGGGGCACAGUCUCAGUUUGGAGGAGAGGUUUAACGAAAGUCAGGUCAAUUCAAAUCACAUAAGUGCAGAUGGUUUUAACAGGUGCUAGUUUAAUUUCAGAAUUCAGUAGUGAUUCCACAGAUAGGCUCAUUUGCCUGUAAGUUUUUAAAUCAUUUGAGUUUUUUUCUUUGCUUCCAUUUUCUCUGUGCCAUAAAAGCUUGCCUCCUUUUUAACUCCACGCUGUUAUUACCAGUCUGUUACAUUUUUUAAGCUCUGUGUUUGUAUGUUUUUUUUUGGUCAAACUUAAGCUCUCAUCCUCCACAUCUCAAACAUAUGUUCUCUAAGCAUUAUCAGUAUUAAAUGCAGUGUUUGGAUUGUACUAAAAAAAAAAAAUGCAACUAAGUCUCACUAACUGAGUUUCUGCAGUGUGGUUGGAGUCGCACCAACUUCGUCUGUGUGCUUCAUUCAAGGUGAUUUCUCCCAGAAAAGCUCAGCUGUGCCUUUAAGACUCAGUGAAAUGCCUCCAAAGUCUCUGAUUCUGUGCUGCAGUGGAUGGUUUGUAGUGUUCAAUGAGAGAAGUUGAUUUUUUUUUUUUAAGCUACGUUCAACUUCAGUCUUAAAAUUGCCUACUCGCCUUCAAGUCGAUCUGUAAUGCCAAGCAGUAUGACACACAGACAUCACAAAGCAGCAACAGUACAGUCAGUAUUUUAUUUUGAAGGGACAUCAGUGUGCCCGGACAAAGAGCAUAAGCUUGGCAGGCUGAGGUAAACCUGUUGCUUGAUGUACUGGAUCAUAAGCUCUGACAGUAUUUCUGACUCCUGUGUUUGUUCUGAAUAUUUUUAAUUAACAGUUUUUAAUCACGUCUCACUGAAAACAUUAAGAAUUCCGAUAUCAGCUUAAUACAGAUCCUGUUUUGCUGACAACAUGAUUUGCUGUUUUAUAUAAUGUUUAGUAU